UAAAGAUGAAAUUCCACGUAGGCAGACAGUUAAAAAUGGUAGUAGCAGCACGGCACCUACUUGCAAACUGAUGAUGAAUGCGUUCCGCGUUGGUAACAGAUUUCCCACUAAUCUCGAUUCUUCUAAAUCAAACUCUUUCUUCACUUCCAUUUCUAUUUUCAUUCAUGCAUUUAGUAUGACCGCACCGACGAAGAUUUCUCACGCGCCGCCUUACCGCUGGUGAUUCCGUCGACGAAAUGUUACAGGAGUCCAAAACCCUCCAUCUCCGGUGCGCCCUCGCUGCGGCGCUAUUCUUCGCUACCGUUUCUCUCUCUUGCUUAAUCCUCUUCAGAGACGUUGAUUCUUACAGAUUCUUUUCUGGUUUCUCUUCCUCUUAUGCUCUUCCUCGUUUUCCUACCUUCUUUCCGCUGGUGACUGUUGAUCCUUCUGUGACUACCAAUGAAUAUCCACUUGAAAGAAUUUUGAACGAUGCUGCCAUGGAAGACAAAACUGUUAUCUUGACCACAUUAAAUGAAGCAUGGGCAGCUCCAAAUUCUGUCAUUGAUCUUUUCCUUCAAAGCUUCAGGAUAGGAGAUCAUACCAGUAGGCUUUUAAACCAUUUGGUAAUCAUUGCAUUGGAUCAAAAGGCAUUUGCACGCUGUCAAGUUAUACAUACCCAUUGCUUUUCUCUUGCUAAUGAAGAAGCUGACUUUCAUGAAGAAGCAUACUUUAUGACUCCUAGCUACUUGAUGAUGAUGUGGAGAAGGAUUGAUUUCCUGCGUUCUGUUCUUGAGAAGGGAUACAAUUUCGUGUUUACGGAUGCCGAUAUUAUGUGGUUUAGGGACCCAUUUCCGCGGUUUCACCUUGAUGCAGAUUUCCAGAUAGCAUGUGAUCAUUUCACAGGUGGCUUUGAUGAUGUAAUGAACAGGCCCAAUGGAGGGUUCAACUUUGUGAAGUCCAAUAAUAGGUCAAUAGAAUUUUACAAAUUCUGGUACUCUUCUCGAGAAACCUAUCCUGGAUACCAUGACCAAGAUGUCCUUAACUUCAUCAAAGUUCACCCUUUCAUUGCUGAUAUUGGACUGAAGAUGAGAUUUUUGGAUACAACAAAUUUUGGCGGGCUUUGUGAGCCAAGUAGGGAUUUAAACCAAGUUUGUACGAUGCAUGCAAAUUGUUGCUUUGGUAUGGAUAGCAAGCUUCACGACCUCAGAAUUAUGCUUCAGGAUUGGAAACAUUAUUUGUCCUUGCCUCCAAAUUUAAAGAAACUGUCCGUUGUUUCCUGGAGGGUUCCUCAAAAAUGCAGCCUUGAUUCUCUCAGGCACCAUGGUUCACCAGAGCAAAGUGUUCAAGGUUAAUAUUUUGGUUGCCUGUGUCACAUUUAAAUGUCCAAGUUCACCGAUGCUCUAGGAUGAAAGGUUCAAUAUAACAUUGAAUUGGAAAAUUAAUUUUGAUAAACCAGCAUCUGAAGGAAAAAUCCUUCCCCACUAAAUUCCACUUAGGCAGUGUGAAAGAUGUAGCGUGCUGUUCAAUUCAUUGAUUUUUAACCGUUUCCUAAAUUAAUUUUUUUGUGCUUUCAACGAUUUUGUGCA